AUGCAUGUUCCGCCGCCUAGCCCUGUCUCGUUUACAAGCAAGCCUCGUCAAGCGCAGGUCAGUGACAGUGGCGAUGUCAAGCCUGCUGUGAGUCAUCUCCAUUAUCCAAUCAACUCCUGGCAGUUACCAGCUGUUCUUGUCCAUCACAGUCACGCAAGUGCCGACAACAGUGGGUACAUUGAUACCAGACACAGUGCAGAGGAACAGUGGGUACAUUGGUAUCAGGCAGAGUGCAGAAGAACUGUGGGUACAUUGGUACCAGACACAGUGCAGAAGAACUGUGGGUACAUUGGUACGAGACAGAGUGCAGAAGAACUGUGGGUACAUUGGUACCAGGCAGAGUGCAAAAGAACUGUGGGUACAUUAAUACCAGACAAAGUGCAGAAGAACUGUGGGUACAUUGGUACCAGGCAGAGUGCAGAAGAACUGUGGGUACAUUGGUACCAGACACAGUGCAGAAGAACUGUGGAUACAUUGGUACGAGGCAGAGUGCAGAAGAACUGUGGGUACAUUGGUACCAGGCAGAGUGCAAAAGAACUGUGGGUACAUUGGUACCAGGCAGAAUGCAGAAGAACUGUGGGUACAUUGGUACCAGACUCAGUGCAGAGGAACUGUGUGUACAUUGGUACCAGACACAGUGCAGAAGAACUGUGGGUCCAACGAUGUGUUCCCCUGGCAGCACUGUUGCUUGUAUGUCUGCUAUUGGGAGAUCCCACGGGAGCAGAUGUGGGACUUCACCUGCCACAGGGAGGAGUGCUGUACCCUCGGGCCUCGGAGAUCAGGGAGGUACAGAGUCUAGACGGUAUAUGGAACUUCAAACUGGACUCUCCCGAGCAGAAUGGCAUACGGAACCAGUGGUUCGGGAAGGAUAUCAGUAAGAUGGACGGAACGAUUCCGAUGCCAGUACCGAGCAGCUACAAUGACAUCACAGCAUCGGCAGAAGUGCGAGACCACAUCGGCUUGGUCUGGUACGAUCGUGGGUUCUUCGUGCCGAACUCAUGGAAGAGCCAGGGCUUCAGAGUUUGGCUGAGGUUUGGCAGUGUCAAUUACUUCGCCCAAGUUUGGGUGAACGGGAAAAAAGUAACGGAGCACGAAAUUGGACACCUGCCUUUUACAAUAGAAAUCACCGAUGUUGUGACGUACGGGAGGGAAAACAAGCUAACAGUAGCAGUGGACAACACCCUCGGGUCAGAGACAAUUCCGCAAGGCAGUCUACAUCAAGUUCCAACAAUGCAAGGUCCGAAGACGAUACAACGCUACACUUUUGACUUCUACAACUACGCAGGCAUACAUCGGCCAGUCUAUCUGUACACAACGCCGAAGGUGUACAUCGACGACAUAGAGCUCACGACAGACGUCAGCGGUGCACGAGUCUACUUGAACUACAACUUGUUCUACAAGGGCUACUCCUCCAUUGACAACACCAUCAACAGCACAGUGUCUGUGGUGGACAAGGACCUGGUGGUGUGUUUCGAGACCUGCAUAGUGGAGAACGGCAUGGGUAACAUCUCCGGCAGGAUAGAGGUCACCAACCCCAAGUUGUGGUGGCCCUACCUCAUGUCCCCCGACCCUGGCUAUCUCUACACAAUCGAGAUCACUCUCCACACUUCAGAGACCGGAGUGAUGGACGUUUACCGGAUGCCAUUUGGAUUGCGAUCGGUGACGUGGGACAACAAUACAGUGUAUAUCAACGACAGGCCUAUCUACAUCAGAGGCUUUGGCAGACAUGAGGAUUCUGAUAUACGAGGGAAAGGCCUGGACUUGCCGACGUCCGUGAAGGACCACAACCUGCUGAGGUGGAUCGGAGCCAACGCUUACCGCACGUCUCACUACCCUUACGCCGAGGAGAUCAUGGAUCUGGCAGAGUCCCAAGGGUUCAUGAUCAUCGAUGAGAGUCCCAGUGUCAAUACUGAGAACUUCACGCAGAUUCUGUUGGAGAAACACAAGAUCUCGAUAGCAGAAAUGAUCAACAGAGACAAGAACCGCGCCUGCGUGAUCAUGUGGUCAGUGGCCAACGAACCCAGGACUGCUGAUAGAGGCGCUGGACCUUACUUCGGGUCAGUUGUGGGAUAUACACGCUCUCUAGACUCAACUCGUCCCAUAACUGCUGUGCUUAACCGUUGGUACACCGUAGACCAAGCAGGCCAAUUCAUGGAUGUGAUCUGUUUCAACCGCUACAACGGGUGGUACACGGAGGCGGGGCAGCUGGAGUCCAUCCAACUGGCGGUGGAGUCGGAGGCACAGAACUGGCGAGAGAAACACCUCAAGCCUGUCAUCAUGUCGGAGUAUGGCUCUGAUACUUACGAGGGACUCCACAACUUGCCUCAUUACAUCUGGACGGAGGAGUACCAACAGCAGUUGCUGGCUGAACACUUCAAGGCCUUCGACAAUCUGCGGAAGAAAGGCUGGUUCAUCGGUGAGAUGAUAUGGAACUUUGCCGACUUCAAGACUGACCAAUCGAUAACCAGAGUCGGAGGGAAUAAAAAAGGGAUAUUUACAAGGCAGCGGCAACCAAAAACAUCUGCCUUUCUGGUGCGGAGGAGGAACUUUCAACUGGCUUCGAUGCUAGACGGUGUGAAGCCUCCAGCUGAUCUCUUCAUUUACACUGCCUCCGCAAAUGGUUACAGAGAUGAAUUCUAGAGGCUGUGACCCAUAACUACAAAACAACUAGGGAAGUUAACUUGUUUAGAGUGUAGUUCAUUCUAUUCUAUAUUUACAGGCUGUUUAUAAGAAUAAUUAAAAGAAUGAAAUUGUUCACUAGGUUACAAUAAAGAUAGUGCAAUAUCAAAAUAAGUGCUACAUAAUUUAAUGUAUUGAUCUAUUUUUGUUUUACUUAAAAAUGUAUAAGUAAUUCAGAGUUUAAAUUGCAGCACAUUAAUUUUUCAUGGUUAUUUAUCUUAAUUAGAUCUAGGUUUGUGUAAAGAAUUAAGAGUGUAUUCAAAGUGGUAUUUGUUUAUAGAUAUUUUCACAGCAAAGAAAUCAACAGACAUAAAAAAUGGUUAAAAAACUGCAAAACAACUGUGAUGAAUAUUACAAUGGAUACUAGUGUAUCAUCAGUGUUAAAUUGAUAAUUGAAUUGUACUAUUUUAUUGUCUGCUCAAAAGUGAAGAAAAGUAGUGGUAAAUAUUUAUUUUUCACCACAACUAAUGUGGUACCCAAUUAUUUUGAAACAUGUUAAAGAUAGGUUUAGUAUUUAUUAUUAUAUAUUUAUUAUUUGUAUAACCAAAACAAUUUACUUAUAAAAAAAAUGUUAAUGAACCUUCCUUUUCUAUAUUCAUCUUAAUUACAAAAUAUUAUGGUGUAAAUACACAUUUUACUAUGCUAUUUAUAUUUAUUUAAAACUUAUUUUAAUUUUAGAAUAAUUUUUAAAGUAAUACUUUAAAUUUAUAUAGCAACAAAUGAACUAGAUCUAAUAUGUAUUACAUGUAAUAUGGCGUUUUCUGUGAAAACACUAAUUAUGCUACUUUGUUAUAAUUUUGUAAUAUAAGAUCUCAAUAUUUA